CAGUACCACCAGUACCAGCAGUGUUCUGGUAUCGUCACCCGUUUUCCCAUUCCAACCUCGAUUCCAGCCUCUUGCCGUCCCCCCGCGGCAACCUUUCCUUUCCCUACUACCGGCUGCUGCUAUCCCGACACCCCCUUUCGCUCUCCACAAGGACCGUGGUAUUGAUUCCCCUCGCGGUAGCAGCUCCGCUUCCCUGUUCUCCAGCAGCGCACCAGUCUGGAGCAACGACGCACCUCCGUGGUUGCGAUCUACUUAGAAAUUUACACCGUUUGUUCGCGGAAAGUCAACAACACCACACACAGCUCGACGAUCCUCGCGAGCUUGGACGAAUCAUUUUUUUUUCAAAAAUCGAAUUCGAUUUCUCUAAUCGCGUAGGUGUUCGUACGUUGCUCGUUACCCGUUACCCGUUAGUUGUGGCUACGUUACGUUCGUCGUUAAUACACGUAUCGCGAACGGAUUAUUGUCCAACGAUCGGAGGAGCAGUAUCGUCUUGAGAUGAUUCGCGUUUCGCGAUGGACGGGGACUUUGGUUACGGGACGUUGAAAGACUGCCAGCUGCGACAAAGACACGCGGAAAGUUUCUUUCUCCUGGAUAUUAAGCUAAUUCUAAUCUCGGUUUAGAGUUUUAUCGAGAUCGGCAACGAUCGAAAGCCUACACAUCUGGGAUAAGAAGAAUCGUCUGUUAAACUUGUCGAACACGCGCGGGUUCGCGUCAACAUGAUUUCCACGUUGCACAACAACUCUAUCUACCAAUUAACCAGCAGCAAAUCGUUUAAUUAAUUUCAAACAUUUAUACGUAUAUCGUAUACGGGUGAUUUCGUACCUGAUGAAGCGUAUUUACUAUUUUCAUUCCUUCGCUCUAUACCUAUUUCGGUUAGCAACGAUUUUCCAACAUUCGGAUACGCAACGUUAAACGAGUGGCAACGAAAGAGCUGAAAAUAAUAUGAAUUUCUAAAAAACGGAGAAACAUGUCUAGUCCGUGCAAAUUCUUAUCAAAGUACAAAAGGAAAGGAAUACUAUAAGAGACGUAGGAAAACGUAAACCUGAGAGAAGAAUAAACCGGAAGAAAUUACGAGAGAUGCCAGUGGUGUGCGUAACGAGAAAAACAUCGGAGAUGGAAGAAAGAAAGGAAGCUGUUGCUCGAUUAAGAAAGAAACGACAAGUAUAAAGCGAGAAGCGGGAUCAGAAAUAUUCGAAUGGAAUAUUUAUCUAUAGAGAAACGGAAAAACACGAGACACGCAAACGUACACGUAUACGUAUACGUAUACGUACACAUAUAAGAAAAUAAAGACGUAAGAAAAUUAGAGAAAACGCGAUAUCGACAAAAGUUGGAUAUUUUUAUACGGAGAGUUCGUUUGUACAUGCGCGUAUCGCAGAAAUAUUCUAUAUAUUUACUUUUAACGCGCGAAAUAUAGGCUAUACACAGUAUAAAAGCUUCGCUCCCUAAGGAGAGACUGAAGAGGGACUGGUACAUGGGAUUUUUAAAGAAAUUUUACGAAUCGUUCCAAAAGAUUCGAAAGGUUCGAAAGAUUCGAAAGAUUAGCAGGAAACGCGUAAAAAGAUUCGAUACGUCGCGUCGCGUCGCGUAUAAUAAAGAAUAUAGUUUCAAUUUAUCAUAAUUUGAAAAGCUCGUUCACGAUAUUGUUGUUUACAAGAAAGAAAUUAUUUCUAAUUGAUGCGAAAGAACCGUUCGGAGGCGAUCGAAAUAGUGCAAAAAGGAUUUGCCUUAAUUAAGUAGAGAUUAAACACGUACAAAUAAUUGGAAACGGUAUUUGUCCAUGAGAAUGAUAGUUGAUAAGGUACCAGCCGAGUGGUCAAAGAGAUCCGUUUCUUCUCCUUUUCCUCCACCUCCACCUCCACUUCUUCCUUCUUCUUAUUCUCCUUUUCUCUUUUUCUCGUUUCUUCUAUAUGGUUAUCAAAUGGUAAAAUCGAAAACAACAACAACAACAACAACAACAACAACAACAACAACAAUAGGAAGAAGUAUCGAUGAGAGCGAUCGUUGGCUGAUUCUCAUGGCUGUCAAAGCCGUCGAAGCAGUGAUUUAGCAUCGAUGGAAAAAGACUAUGCUGAGAGCUGGCCGGCUUUGCUUCUUCUAUUUCGUGUGUACGUUCAUGAUCGGUCUUUUUCGUUUGCUUACGAAAGAAUUGGAACCGUUGGCUGUUACCUUUGUCAAACAGAUCGCUCGAAUUUACGAGCAUCGCGACAAACAGCUUUAAACUGGAGAGAUUCCUGGAGGAAAUGAGCGAGAACGCACACCUGUUACGAGGAUCAUUCUUAUCUUACUUGAAAUUGUCCACUCUUGGAUCGUCGAAAGACAAUAAUAAUAAUAAUAAUAAUAAUAAUAAUAAUAAUAAUAAUAAUAAUAAAAGAAGCCGAUCAAGUUGAAAACUUGAUUGUAAAUUGUAUAUUAUUCGAGGCGUUUGCUCUUUCUAGAGUUUAAAAUUUCGAGUCUUUUCGGUUUGGCUCGACGUAACCCCCGACGAAUAAUGGUAGAACCAAGAUGGUCGACCAAGUGCACCGAUAGUAGCCUGAGUUUGUUGAAUUUGAGCAGCAGUUGUACAGACUUGAAAACGUUGCGCAGAAAACGUUGUAAAAAGUAUUUUUGUCUUUGCAAAAGGCAUACGAUCAGUGCGAUAUGUAUCAAUGAGACGAGAAAAUUGUAUUGGUUCAAUUGCAAGAACGUUCGGGAAAAAGUGAACCUUGGCCUCGGCGACGGUUAUUAUUUCAAGUUGCUGAGGAUCGUUGACAGUGCUUUGAACGCUUGGGCCCAGCGUUACAUCGACGGGCUGGACGUUGCUCGUAGGGAGAUCAUGUUCAAGAUCAAUGGUACCGCCAAGAAGAACAUGAAGCUCUUAAAGGAGGCUUGCUAUUGUCAUUACCAUCCGCACAUCACAGCGGAUGCUUGCAACGCCGAUUUUCUAAAAAAAGUUGUAAGUUUUUGGGCUGGUGAAAGUCUUAGAGGAAUACGCGACAAGCUCCGCGGUAUGACGAGUUACACUAAAAAGAUGUCGGACGACGACAGAAUGUCGUUAACUACCGCUGUCAGUGACGAUGACGACGGUGAGAGUGUGAUAAACUCACCCUACCGAGGAAAGCAGACUGGCACGGCUGCAGCUUCGUUUAAUUGCACAGGGGCGGUUCGAAAGGCUGGAUUUCUGAGCGUGAAAAAAUGGCUACUGAGGAAGAAGCAGCAGAUCGAACUAGCCAGGAAAAGAGGCUGGAAAGGUUAUUGGGUUUGUUUAAAGGGUACUACGCUUCUCUUCUAUCCGUGCGACUCGCAAGAAAGCAGAGCCAUGGAAGCGGCGCCAAAGCAUUUGAUCAUAGUGGACGGCGCGAUAAUGCAACCGAUCCCGGAACAUCCGAAAAGAGAUUACAUAUUUUGUUUGAGUACAGCGUUCGGCGAUGCUUACUUGUUUCAAGCACCGUGUCAGGUUGAACUGGAAAAUUGGGUGAAUAGCAUACACUCGGCGUGCGCUGCUGCGUUCGCGCGUCACCGUGGUAAAACUGGAACUCUUCAUUUGCUGCAAGAAGAGAUAUUUCGGCUGGAAAAGGCAAUCGAAUCGGAUCACAAGCUAAAGCACAUGGCGGAUCUUCAGCAGUCCGUUGUGUCCGACGUGGAGACGAAGCAACAAAUUACCAAUCAGAUUGUCAAAUGGGAAGAAAAUUUAGAGCGAUUACACUGCGAGCAAUUUCGACUGAGAUGCUACAUGGCUAGUCUUCAAAGCGGCGAAUUACCUAAUCCGAAAAGUUUAUUAACGCACGUGUCUCGUGCCACCAAGCAAACGCUGAACAAACUAGGAGUCUUUACGGUUUCAUCCUUCCACGCUUUCAUAUGCGCUCGCAGUCCAUCGUUACUGAAUAAUUUACUGGCCGGCCGUGGAGCUACCAAAAGAAGACCCCCACUGCUAUCGAGAUCGAAUAGCGGAUCCAGCAGAAGAUCCCUUCAGAUUUCCUCCAGAGACGAUGAGAAGACUGUAAAAGUAUGCGUACCGGAAAAUCAGUUGGUCUCUGUAUUUUUGCGCGACGCUAUGACGGUUGAAGAAUUCCUUGCAAGCGCUUGCAAUCGAAAAAAUCUCAACCCGAUGGAACAUUUUGUUCGCGUGAAAAAACGACGAGACAUGGAAGAUCACAACUAUUUCGUACCUCAUAGAACCGACUUGAUCGACACCUACUUGCAUACGCACGAAAUCGUUGAAGUUUGCGCAAAAAUCUUGUACCAAGUAGAAUUACAAAGGAACACCCUCGAGCAAAUGUGGGGCUUUUCCGUCGAAGCAGAACUUAUCGAAAAUUCUGAUCGGCAAGACGAAUUAUGUUGUUACGUUAGCAGAGUCGAAGAUAAAAGUGUGGCGAUGCAAAACGGAAUUAUUAAAGGCGACGAAAUCAUGGUGAUCAACGGUGCUAUAGUGAGCGAUUUAGACAUGAUGUAUUUGGAAAGCGUGCUGCAAGAAGAGUUUGGUCUUUGCAUGAUGAUGAGAUCGUCUCGAACCGAACCACCGGAUCUCACGGGCAUAAUGAGGGUUACCGAUGACAUAAUCGAAAGCUUGGUUUGUCCACCUCCACCAUCGGAUCCACCCGUUAUAAGCGAGGAAAUGAUUUCCGGUUUAAUCGUUCCGGCUCCUGGAUGGAGUAAGGAAAGCAUCGUGCAAGAGUGUACGUCGACGGCUCAUUUGGAAAAUGGUAAACAAACGUCUCGCACAAAUUCCUUUGAAAUUGAAAAUCUACUGAAAACCGCGGAACAAGUGACAGGAAUCUGUCGAUCGCCCGGUGAGACUAGAAAAUCUAGUCCUACGGGAAGCGUUGUUAGUUCCCAUUCCCAAGCGUUAACGCCAAGUCGGCAAUUAAGCGAUGCAGAAAAACUGAAGAAAGUCAUUUUAGAGUUGGUCGAGACCGAACGGACUUACGUCAAGAAUUUAAACAACUUACUCGAGAAUUAUUUGGAGCCGCUUAAACGAGAAACUUUUCUAUCGAACGCUGAGAUAAACGCACUAUUUGGAAAUAUUCAAGAGAUCAUUACGUUUCAACGACAAUUUCUGCAAAAUCUCGAUCACGCGAUCGAAAUGGAAGCUGAUUUUCAUAACUUUGACCAUCCGAGUCAAUUUAAGGGUGUCCUGUUUUCCAUUGGAAGUGCCUUUUUGUACUACGUAAAUCACUUCAAGUUGUACAGCUCGUUUUGCGCCAGCCACUCUAAAGCGCAAAAAGUUUUACAUCCAAACGAAGGAAAUCAGGCUUUACAAGAGUUCCUGCAAGCUAGAAAUCCAAGGCAACAACACUCGUCGACGUUGGAGUCGUACUUGAUAAAACCUAUUCAAAGGAUAGUCAAGUAUCCUUUGCUUUUGCAACAGCUACGAAAUCUGACCGACGAGCGAAGCGAGGAACAUCAACACUUGAUUGAGGCUUUCAAGGGUAUGGAAAAAGUGGCAGAACACAUAAACGAGAUGCAAAGGAUUCACGAGGAAUACGGAGCUAUUUUCGAUCACUUGUUCAGACAACAUCAAAAAUCUUGUAAACAGCCGAUCGAUUUAAGUCCAGGAGAUUUGUUAUAUUACGGAGGCGUCGACUGGCUGAAUAUUUCCGAUUUUCUCGGUAAAAUCAAGAAAGGCUUGGAAUUGCACGCAAUGUGUUUUGUUUUCAAAUCGGCCGUAGUGUUUCUGUGCAAGGAAAGACUAAGGCAAAAGAAGAAGCUUAUGGGAGUUUCUACCAAAGCAAAUUCCAGCGAAGUCGAAAUAAUUCGCUACCAAGUGCUGAUUCCCGUGACAGAAGUACAAGUUAGAGCUAGUUCAGCCAAAGAUAUGGAAUCUCAUUUUUUGUGGGAGUUGAUUCAUUUACGAAGUCAAUUACAGAGGAGAUCAGAGAAAGUGUACGUGCUUUCCAACAGCACUACAGAAUUUCGAAACGCAUUUUUGAGAACGAUUCGUCAAAUUAUUCGAGAAUCGGUACGAAACAUGAGCAUACCAUCGACCAGACAGAAUUUAAGCCAACCACCGAUGACUAUUUCACCGCGAAUGUCAACCGGCCACGUGGAGAAAUUUGAAAAACAGACAACGAGUCAAGGACAGAAUAACGGUGGCAACGGUGCUGGCACGGCUACCACCGGAACAUUAUCGAAGAAAACGGUGAAACCGCAAUUACUACCGACUUCGCAUAACGUGAAACGAAAAUAUAGCCAAUCGAAACAGACGAUGGAGCAGGAAAGUUCCGAGGAUAAGGAUGUCGAGGAAUCGAACACGGUGAAUCAGCAGCAGCAAACCGUGUUUCGUUCCAGGAGCAAAACCAUAAGCGACACAUCCGGAGAAGUAAAAGUUGAAAUGGAUUCGGGGACAAAGUCCGAAGGCGAAGAAGACUCGCAAGCUUUUUUAGGUGAGAAGAAGGCGAACUUGGGUCGCACUCCGAAUCAUUUGACUUUGAGCACCACUUCAACAAUUUCAGCAGGAAGUACCGGUAGUCAAGCCAGAUUGAUCCAAUCUUCCCAUCAACCGGAAAAUUAUCAACCAAUUACCGUCAAAGAACUUGGUUCGCCAAUUUGGAAACCACGGGAACUACCUUCCUUAGGAGAAUCAACAACAUUGCCGCGUAAGGGUAAGUCGGCCAGCGAGUUUGGAGACAUAACGUCGUCCCAUAGCGCCUCCCGAAAGUCUCUGAUAGAAAUCAAUAAUUGUGCUCAACAAUCUAACUGUAAUAACCAUGUUUAAGUUAAAUAGAUGUUAAUCGAUUAACAAAGUAUCGAGUUAAGUUUAAAAAUGGUGAAAUAAACCAAGCAACUAUUCGAUUACCGUGUAAAAGACCAGCGCGCUUGCCGCCCACGCGGAACGUUUUAACGCUGUGUUUCCAUCCUUGUACUCUCGUUCUCACUCGUUUCGUCUUCCAAAAGCUACGAUAACAAACGUGGCACCCAUCAUCAUCGUCAUCAUCAUCGUCGUCAUCAUCAUCAUCAUCAUCAUCAUCAUCAUCAUCGUCAUCAUCAUCAUCAUCAUCAUCAUUAUCAUCAUCAUUACUAAAAUUAUCAUCCCUGCUUUGUAUGUACAACGGGCGAUUCAAUUGUUUAACAGGAGAGAAAUUCGAAGAAGAAAAAGAACUUUGCUUUUAAUGGGAAACAGUUUCGACGAAGAGAAAAAGAGAGAGAGAGAACGUUUCGAUCAUUGCUACUGAAUGAUAUUGAUUGAACAAAGGAGAGAAUCGAAAGAAUGAUCUUUUCCUUGUGUCUCGACAGAUUUCAAUGUUUCGAAAUACAUACAUAGGUACUGUACGAAACGAAUAGGCGGUAUGUACCUACAAUGUGGCUGUAGCACCGUAAUAUUAACGAUCGCCAAGUCGGGGUCUGCUCGUUCAACUAUUGUAGUAACUAUCUAUAACAAGAAAUAACCAUUUCUUUUAUAACUAUAAGAGUAUGGAACAUCGAUGAAACAUUUCCGACGCGACGGACCGUCAUUCCACUUUUUAUGCCUACUAUUGUUAUUAUUAUUAUUAUUAUUAUUAUUAUUAUUUUCAUUAUCAUUAUUAUUAUUAUUAUUAUUACCAUCAGUAUUGUUGUUGUUGCUGUUGUUGUUGUUACUGUUGUUGUUGUUAUUGUUAUUCCUAAUAUCUACUAUUACGUAAUAUUCGUACUAGAUUCAUUCCAAUUGUAUGGAAUCACGUUGCUUAAAAAAUUCAUCAAAAAGUUAACUCUUUUUCUUUUUUUUUUCUCUCUCAAUUUUUAUCAUUCAACGUUACUUUUUCUUACCCUUUUUACUUGUUUUUUCUGCGUGGACGGCAAUGCGAUGAUAAAACCUAAUAAACUCUGUACAUAAUGUAACAUUGAUAUUAUCAGUAAUGUCAUUAUUGUCGCCGUCGUCGUUAUUAUCAUCAUCGUCAGGAUCGUUCAAUAUCAUCGGCAGUCUUCUACCGUCAGUAUUCACAGUCCCUGAUAUAUCUGUUAUAUCAUUGCUCUGAUUGUCAAACUAUUCUUCUUAUUUACUAUAAUUACCUACUUUCCUAUUAUUUUCAUUAUCGUCUUCAUUGUUACCAUCGUGGUUAAUACUUUUGCUAUUAUUCCCUUGAUUGUCCGCUGCUUAGUGUUAUUAUCGUUACUACUAUCGUCAUCAUUCUCGUCAUCUUCUUUCUGACAUCUUUGUCAUUUAGGUCAUUCUUAUUAUCAAGAUCAUCAUCUCGUUGUCGUUAUUAUUAUCAGCGACAAAUCAACAGAAGGCAUAUAAUGUGUCGAAUAAAAAUGGAACGACGACGCGACGUUGCGAUUAAACUUUUAGCGAUAAUAUAAGAGUCUAAUUAAAUAAUUAACUAAUUAAAUAAUUAAAUAAGAUAGUUUAUUUAAACAAAAAAAAAAACAAAAAAAGUUAUGUGCGUGCGUACAUGCAUUAAUAGUUACGAUGUUCACGAAUCGUUCUAUACCAUAUGUAGACGCGUGGAUGUGUGCGUAUCUCUGUAUAGGUGGUAAUACGUGGUAAUACGUGGUAAUACGUGGUAAUACGUGGUAAUACAGAGUAAUAGAGAUACAGAUUCAGAUAGAUACGAUCUUCCACAUGUUCGCUGCGUUAAUCGCCUUUCGGACCCGAAUAUUCUCGUCGUUAUAGGAAAUUUUAUUUUUAACGUUGUUCAAGAUGCAACUAGUGAUCAGAAUGUUCGAGCCCAAAAGCGCGAGAUCGAUUGUAUCCAUCGUACACGUAGUGACAACGAUGAUGACAAUGAUAAUGACGGUGACAAUGACGAUGACGAUGACGAUGACGAUGACGAUAAUGAUAACGAUGAGAAACGAGAAAAGUAAGGGGAGAAAGUAAGCGGAGAAGGCGGAGGACGAAGCGAAGAAAAAUGAAGAGGAAAGAAGAAAACGCAACCCUUUCGUAUCGUGACGUUAGAGAAAAUGGUACAAGUAGAGUUGAAAUAAAAAUGCGAGCGGUGAGACGAGUGUUCGUGUGGAAUAUCGUUGAUAAACAUCGACUGAUUGCGAGUAUGUAAUACAGCGGGAAUUAAGGAUAUCUUCUCGAUUCGAAUAUCGCAUUGUUAACGAUCACUAAUAUAAGUAAAUACAAUAUUGACCGAUCAAUACCUGUAAAUUAGAAAACAGAAAGUAUAUCUAUAUCGAUGAUACCUAUAUCUAUGUAUACAUAUAUGUGUAUAUAUUCGUCUAUUUAUACAUAUGUAUAGACGAAUAUCUGCAGCAAGUAACGAAAUAACGUGUACCAUGUAUGUAUAUGCGCGCGUGCGUGCUUCUUUCUUUCUUUCUUUCUUUCUUUCUUUCUUUCUUUCUUUCUUUCUUUCUUUCUUUCCUUUUUUACCAUUAAGCCCCCCUUACAACCCUGGAACCCUACAGACCCGCAACUCUAUUACCUGUAACUUACUUGAUUACUUAAAACCGCGAUAAUUCGUUAGGGAAGAAGAAGAAGAAGACAAAAAAAAAAAGACGUAGCAAAUUAUCUUCGAGAUCGAAAUUUGACGAGUAAAUGGUAAAUUGUGACGAGUCGUGAUGGUAAUAAUAAAAAUAGAGAAAUCAGAGAAAAUUAAUCAAUUUGUUUCGAUUAGUACGCGGAAUAGAUUGCAUCUAAAGGAGCUUUGCGUUAACGACAUUAGUGUAUCUUAUCUUUGGAAACCUGAAGAAACAAGGAAUUAGUCAUUGAUACCUUUAAUCGAGAAUCGUGAAAUCGUGAAAUCGUGAAAUAAUUAUGUAGAAUUACAUUGCAGAUAGAUAACCAUCGCGAAACAAAGUUUACCUAUCCCUAUCCCUAUUUAUCAAAGUCAUCAUCACUUGUGCGCAAAGUUGCUCAGUUUUCUUACCGCGUCGUUUCCUGGAUAUUUGUACACGCGUGCGACUUAUACUUCGUACAUAGGCAAAUGUACACGUAUGUAGAUAUGUCGAACAGUUUGUCGAAGAUGAUACGCGCCUCGUUCGAAAUAAGUAGAGGAAAAGUUAUGAAUUUUCUCUAAAUGUACCAGUUGUACGAUUUUCAUGAUAUACAUAUACGUAUCGAUACAUAUUGUACUUGUGCCCAGCUUGAGAGCAGCUUGGAAAGCAGCUGACUGCAAGGAUAAUUUUGAAAAACCUAUCACCCGUAUAUUUAUUACUUGAAAUACGUUUUAUCGUUCCCUUCGAGCGUCCAAUCUUCCAAAUAUCCGACAAUAUCGCAAUUGCUCUGUGCACAAUUUUAUCAACGAUUUUUUAUUGCUACAACAAGUUAAAUGGACGUAGGGGAAAGGAAAAGGAUUUACAAGAAUUUCGAGACGAAAAUCUUUAUCCAAAAAUUACGUUUUUGGAUAAAAGUAAGAAAUCGGUGAUUAAGAUAAUAGGAAAAUGAUAAAACGGAUACGUGUCGAUACGUUGAAUCGUGAAAUUUAAAGGUGUUUACUUACGUAUUCGAUCGAGCUAUAUAUGUAUAUGUAUAUGUAUGUACAUGUAGAUACACGGAUGCGUGCACAGUUUGCGCGUAUCGCACACGCGCGCAUAUACGGUAAAUAUGUAUGUAGUAAAAUAUCGAUUAACGUAUAAAAGCGAAAGAAGAAAUAACGAGAUACAUACCUACUUACUUACUGGUUAACUAUAGAUGUCGCACGUGAGGAUUUAACAAUUUACGAAGGACCUUUUGUUGCUCGAAUUAUUGCAUUGUCUACUACGUAUCCAUAUACACGUACACGUACACGUACACGUACACAUACAAGUAAGACACACGCAUCAACAUACUUAUUAACAUAGCGCUAGAAACAUAAAUAUGUGUAUGAAUGCGCGCGCUCGUGUUUAGAAAAAUUUUAUCGUAUAAAUUCUGUCGAGGCAUGCCUCCGAGCAAGAGUCGAUUACAUAAUAAUAUACAUAUGUUAUCAUUUCUUUGCAGCAAGCUUCUCCUUUUUUCGACGGUUUCAAUUUCAAUGUAGAUCCAAUAUCGUUUCUUACAAUUUCUUUCUUACCUCCUUUAAUAUUCAUUUCAUCGAAAUGAAAAUUUCCAAAUGUUUUCGUACAGACUUUACAUACUGACAAUCAACGAAAAAUUAACACUGAUAUUUUUCCUCUUUUAAUUAACUAACAGAGAGAAAAUAAAUUUCGGAACGAAUGUUAAGCCUGGAGAAGGGGAAUCGAGGGUACAUAUUAUGUAGUUGGAAAAGUUUGAAAAGGAAGGAACGACUCUAGCUCGGAGACGUGAUCCCAAUAGUUGGCCUAGUGACGAGUUUCAUAUUUUUCGCCCCGGUCGCAGUGAAUCGUCGAAUGUUUAUCAUGUCUAUUAUAAUUAUAUUAUAAUUAUUGACACUCUCCAGAAAUUUUAUUGACAUAAACUUUAUCGCUACCGUUGAACAUAAUAUACUUAAAUUAUGACAGUAACAACUUUGGUAUUGUUACGGGCACUGAAUAUCGAGAAAAAAAGGGGAAGCAGAAUAUACCGAAAAAGGGAUGAAUCGAAGAAGAAAAAAAGAAAAGAGAAAAAAAUGAAUGAGAGAGUAAAAGAGAUAGAGAGAAUGCGUGCGUGCGCGCGCGCGCGCGCGCGAGAAUGAAAGAAUGAGACGAAAGAAAAGAAAAGAAAAGAAAAGAAAAGAAAAGAAAAGAAAAGAAAAGAAAUUGAAAAAAUAAACCCUUUGCGUGUCCGUGAACACCGUGAAAAAUUUUAGAUGGUUGAUAGAAUUCUAUGAUAUAAGCGGGAAUAGUAUACAUACAUAUAAAUUCGAAGAAAGAUGGGACAGAGUCUGCGAGGGUGGGUUACGUUAAAAGCGAAACAAAGUUAUAAAAUAAAAUAACGAUGUAACGAGUAUUUCCGUGUUAUUUUUUCCUUUCGUUGACAUCGCGUGUAACAGAUGCGAACGCAACCUAAGCAACGUGCUCUCCUUUAUUUCUUUCGUCCAUUCUUUAAUUAAUAAUAAUUACUUGUGUCAAACGCAUUGCGAUGAAAUUUCUGCUUUUAGUGUUAUUGUUCUUUGGUUUUGCGGAAAUGUUUAAGAGUAAUCGGUUUGUACAAUCAUUAAAAUGAUUCAUUAAAAUAUGAUUAUCUAAUA